ACGUGUGGAUUAGUGGUGUUCCGUGAUAUUGCACCGCGCUCUCGGUCGCGGGUGUGCGUGCUCUGUUUCGUGAGAGAAAGAAGGACGAGGUUUGCGGUUUGCGGCUAGAAGACGCGUCAUCGAGCAUCGGCCGGGCGGACCGGAAACGUGUGACGCGAAAUAAGUACGAACUAGAGCAGUCAUGCGGCGGAAUGUCAAGAUCGCGUUGCUCCUGUCAUGCGCGUGGAUGUUCGCCUUUGUUUACUAUUACCACACAUCCAGGGACACCAAGCAGAAUGAAAACAGAGCCUUACGGCUGAAAGAACCCGCGUCCCUGGCGCUUUCCGCCAGCGGAAAUUCCGGCGGUUACAUGGAUUCAGACGGCACGGCCAUUGUAAUGUCAUCCGAGCUUCUACCAGCACCGACCCCGGAUCCGAGAGUGACGUGGAAUUACUUUGACGAACAGGGGUACGUUUCAAGAGGUGGUCUACGUGCAGGCGAGGACCCAUACGCCAGGAAUAAAUUCAAUCAGGAAGCCUCCGACGGUCUUCCGAGCAAUCGUGAUAUACCUGAUACUCGUAGCGCUAUGUGUAGGAUGAAACAAUGGAGACAGGAUCUGCCACCGACUUCCGUUAUAAUUACUUUCCACAACGAGGCACGGUCUACACUACUCAGAACUGUCGUCAGUGUGCUGAACAGAAGUCCCGAACAUUUAAUCAAGGAAAUCAUUUUGGUGGACGAUUUCAGUGAUCAUCCCGAGGACGGCGAGGAGUUAUCGCGAAUCCAUAAAGUUCGUGUGAUCCGAAAUGAGAAGAGAGAAGGCCUAAUGAGAUCGCGUGUCCGUGGUGCGGAUGCAGCUACCGCGAGUGUGCUAACGUUUCUAGAUUCGCAUUGUGAAUGCAACGCCGAUUGGCUCGAACCACUUUUGGAAAGGGUAGCUGAAGACCCAACCCGAGUGGUUUGUCCUGUGAUCGAUGUAAUCAGCAUGGAUACUUUCCAAUAUAUCGGAGCUUCCGCCGAUCUUAGGGGUGGUUUCGAUUGGAGUUUGGUCUUUAAAUGGGAAUAUCUCAGCCAGACGGAACGACAGGCGAGACAAAAGGAUCCGACACAAGCCAUUAGAACCCCUAUGAUUGCUGGCGGACUGUUUGUCAUCAACAAAGCGUACUUUGAGAAACUCGGCAAAUACGAUACUCAGAUGGAUGUUUGGGGCGGUGAAAAUCUCGAAAUAUCGUUUCGUGUGUGGCAAUGCGGUGGCAGCUUGGAGAUUAUCCCGUGCUCACGUGUGGGCCAUGUAUUUCGUAAACGUCAUCCUUACUCGUUCCCCGGAGGCAGCGGAAACGUGUUUGCUCGAAACACGAGGCGCGCAGCCGAAGUAUGGAUGGACGACUACAAGCAGUUCUACUACAACGCCGUACCGUUAGCACGAAACAUCCCUUAUGGAAACAUACAGGAUAGAAUGGAGCUAAAACGAAGACUACAUUGCAAGCCUUUCAGUUGGUAUCUGAAGAACGUAUACCCUGAAUUAGUUAUACCUACGAGUGAGGGUGGUCCAGGAGGAUCUCUAAAACAGGGUACCGCCUGUUUAGACAGCAUGGGCCAUCUUCUCGAUGGAAACGUUGGUCUUUACCCUUGUCACGACACUGGUGGUAACCAGGAAUGGGGCCUCACGAAGGAUGGCUUGAUCAAGCAUCACGAUCUCUGUCUGACCUUACCAGUAUACGCCAAGGGUACGACGCUGCUAAUGCAAAUCUGCGAUGGUAGCGAAAACCAGAAGUGGCGACACAUGGAGGGUGGUCUGAUACGCCAUACCAGAAUCCCUGUGUGCGUGGAUUCGCGAUAUCACGCGCAACGUGGUAUCACGGUGGAGAAAUGCGAUUCGAACGCAGAAACGCAGAGGUGGCAUCUCUACAAUCACAAUCACUAGCUGAUAUGGUUGCGGUGAACACGUUCACCCGCAGACUCUCUCUUAUCACUAUACGCCACGAUGUGAUCACCAUAUAAUGAAAUCCACCACGUCAGAAGUGCGUUAUAUUGGACUGACUGCGCGCGAGCGGAUCGAUUCAGUUACUUAUCGUAGACCGACGCAAUCUUCAUGACCGCAAUUGGAACUCUUCACGAUCUCUUUUAUGUGGUAUCGAUGAAGAAUCCUAUUUUACCACACUGACUUCUACGUGAGUUAAGGCUCGGAUGGUACAUUUGGAUAUAUAUAGAAGAAAUUUGAGGAGUUCCCUCUAUUGAAGCUACAAAAAGUGGUACACGCUAACCAAAACGGAAAUAAUUUCGCAAAAGAAAGUGAAAAAACUGUUUUAAGACUGCUUGAUAUAUGUGACUCUAAUCAACAAUUUUUAGUUUCUACAUCUAUAAGGAUUCUAUCGCUUCCAAUCGUUUUCUUAGGCACUAGAUCAUCCUACUUUUACAUUGACAAACGAUUAAUCUGAUAGGAUGAUGUCUCGCGAUCGAUGUGUGAUAAGUGUAAAAUUAUUUAUAAUAUAAUAUAUAAAAAAUAUGGAAGCGUGUGUAUGAACGGUGAUGCAAAUGGAAGUUGUGUAAGAUUUUGGUACUGCAAUCCGAUUAUGCAUACUGUUUCAAAUAUCGAAUUUAUAAAUUGCGAUACUUUAUACAUUGUAUGAUUGAUUUAAAACAAACGAAAACCAUAUAGUCACUCUUAACAUUUUUAGCUUCGAAGAAAUUCAUAAGGCACAAAAAUUUCUAAUU